AUGCUCUCCCUCCUCCUCCAACUCUGCCUCGCGGCCCUGGCCUUCGCCGCCCCAACCGCCAACGAGAUCCACGCCACAAGCUCCAACGCAUGGCAAUACGGCACAGGCGGCGGAGUUCUAGGCUUCAUCGUGCUGAUCAUCGAUGUCCUCGUAUGGAUGGAAGUCCUCAAAUCCAACCGCCCACCCCUCCCCAAGAUCGGCUGGUCGCUCCUCGUCUUCCUCUUCCCGAUCGGCGGUGCAAUCAUCUACUGGCUCUUCGCGAACCGCGCCGCCCACAACCAAGGUGCCGGGUACGAGCCUAUUGGUGGUGCUUAG